AUGUCGAUCAAUGACAUGCCCUUAUCAAUAGUUUUGCAAGAUGCCACAUCCAAGGCAACUUCGCAAAAUCUGUUCCUAUUCCCUGGUAAGCGCAUGCCAAAGGUUCGUUCUCUCGCUCCGACUAAUCAACCUCACAGACGGCAGCGGCUCGGCGAUGGCCUACUCCUCACUCCCUCAAAUAUCACCAGAAACCCGCCUGAUAGCGCUCAACAGCCCAUUCCUCCGGCAACCACAGGACUACCCGAAUUCAAUCGAGGCAAUGGCUAAGAUCUGGCUUCCUGAGAUCCGCCGUCGGCAACCACGUGGCCCUUACAGUCUUGGUGGCUGGUCGGCAGGCGGUUACUACGGGGUCGAGGCAGCCAGAUUGCUUUUGGCUCAGGGGGAAAUUGUCGAAAGACUGGUGCUAAUUGACUCGCCCUGUCGACUGCUGUACGAAGCGCUGCCAUUUCCAACAGUGCAGGCAUUAGCAGACAAGAACCUGAUGGGCUCCACUCACAACCCAAAGCGAAAAGCACCAGCGUGGAUGCUAGAUCACUUCGCAGUCACAAUCCGAGCCAUUGAGUCGUAUGUGCCGAUGCCUCUUCGAACAGAGCUGAGACUUCCUGAAGUGUUCGUCAUUUGGGCGGCUGAAGGCAUUGAUGCAGCACACGAUUUGGACGUGGAUUGGAGUGUUAAGGUCAAUCGCUUGCUGUUGAGGACACGGAAGCGCUUCAGUCCACUGGGGUGGGAUCUGAUGUUUCCGAAUGUCGAAGUCAAGACUGCUGCUUUACCAGGCGCAAAUCAUUUCAAUUUGAUACAUGGUAGACACGCGCUCGAUUUGGUAGACCUAUUUCGACUUGUCAUGGGCCAACAGCUGUCUGUCGACCUCCAAUACGCUAGAUGUUAG